AUGGUCGUGAAACUAUCAGUCGCUGCGAUGUACGCGGACGUUUACCCAAGCCAGAAAUCACGCGGCAGGCAGAUGGACUGCGCAGCCGAGAAGCGCCAAAAAUUGAGCACUCCUCUACCGGCUCUGGUGGAAGAUGAUUCCGAAGGAGAGUUCCAGGCUGAGAGAGAAACUUUCGUUCUUCGUCCUGAAGACCUUCGUAGACAGAAGUCUGUUUCGCCCCAGCGAAGGGAAAGGAUGCGGCGUCAUCUCGCACUGCCCUCGCUAUCUGAAGAUGAAGAGCCUUGA